UCUUCAAGGUGGGGGAUGGUUGGGUGGGUUUGGGUGCAUGGAGGAUGGGUUUGGUUUGGGUGUGAGGGGGUGGGUAUGUUGUGUCGGACAUUCUCGUCUUCCUCCUCCUCGACUCAAUCUUCAUCUUCUGCUGCUGCUGCUGCUGCUGCUGCUGUCUCCAUUCUCAGGAAAUGCAUUGCGUUGCUGGUCUCCUGCGCCUCUACGGUCCCCAAGCUGCGCCAAAUCCACGCCUUCUCCAUCCGCCGCUGGGUCCCUCUUUCGAGCCCCGACAUGGGCAAGCACUUGAUCUUCGCGCUCGUCUCCCUUUCCGGGCCUAUGCCCUACGCCCGGACCGUCUUCGAUCAAAUUCACCGGCCCAACAUAUUCACUUGGGAUACAAUCAUCCGCGGCUAUGCCGAGAGCCCUGAUCCCGCUCCCGCCCUCGAUGUGUAUCGCCAGCUGCGCCUCAGUUCGCUCAACCCUGAUACCCACACCUAUCCUUUUGUCCUUAAAGCCAUCGCCAAGUUGAACGUUUUGGGAGAGGGCGAGAAGGUGCACUGCUCGGCGCUCAAGGAUGGGCUCCAUUCCUUGACUUUCGUGCAGAAUGCUUUGGUUCAUCUGUACGGGGCCUGCGGCAGGGCGGACAGUGCCUACAAGGUGUUCGACGAAAUGCCUGAUAGGAAUAACAAUCUCGUGGCUUGGAAUUCGGUGAUCAACGGGUAUGCUCUCAACAACAGGCCCGAUGAAACUUUGAUGCUCUACAGGAAAAUGGGGUUGGAGGGGGUCGAGCCUGAUGGGUUCACCCUGGUGAGUUUGCUCACCGCCUGUGCUGAACUUGGUGCCCUUGCAUUGGGCAGGAGGGCGCAUGUGUUUUUGAUGAAGGUUGGUUUGGACAAGAAUUCACAUGCUGCAAAUGCCCUUUUGAUUCUCUAUGCCAAGUGUGGGAACAUCAGGGAGGCAAGGAAGGUCUUUGAUGGGUUGGGGGAAGGUAGGAGUGUUGUGUCUUGGACAUCAUUGGUGGUCGGAUUGGCGGUUAAUGGAUUCGGUGAGGAAGCGCUGGAACUCUUCCGGGAGAUGGAGAUGAGGAGAGUGGCUCCUACUGAGAUCACAUUUGUUGGGGUGCUUUACGCCUGUAGUCACUGUGGGAUGGUGGACGAAGGGUUCGGUUACUUCGACAGGAUGAGGAAGGACUACGGCAUUGUGCCUAAGAUUGAGCAUUAUGGUUGUAUGGUCGAUCUGCUGGGCAGAGCAGGUUUGGUUCAACAGGCGUACCGAUACAUCUGCGACAUGCCGAUUGAACCCAAUGCAGUGAUAUGGAGGACAUUGCUAGGAGCGUGUUCGUUACAUGCAAACUCAUCGAUAGGUGAGAUCGCGAGGGAGAAGCUCAGAAGUUUAGAUCCUAACCAUUGUGGAGACUAUGUUCUUCUUUCCAACCUGUAUGCAUCUGAGAGAAGAUGGUCGGAUGCGCACAGCGUGAGGAAGAUGAUGCUUAAGGAAGGAGUGAGGAAGGUGCCCGGGUUUAGCCUCGUUGAACUAGGCAACCGCGUGCACGAGUUUAUGAUGGGGGAUAAGUCUCACCCUCAAACAGAGGCAAUAUACGCAAUGCUGUCGGAGAUGACAAGGCGGCUGAGGGUGGAAGGGUACAUGCCCCACACGUCGAAUGUGCUGGCGGAUAUCGAGGAGGAGGAGAAAGAGAGUGCCUUGGUUUAUCAUAGUGAGAAGAUUGCCAUUGCAUUUGUGUUGAUUAAUACGGCGCCCGGAACACAAAUUCGAAUCGUGAAGAACUUGAGGGUGUGCGCUGAUUGUCACGUCGCAAUUAAACUGAUAUCGAAGGUUUUUGAGAGGGAGAUUGUGGUUAGGGAUGGCAGCCGUUUUCAUCAUUUCAGGGAUGGAACUUGUUCUUGCAAGGAUUAUUGGUAAUGGACCUAAUGAUCGGUAGGAAAAACAUUGCAAUCCUAAUGGUCGGUAGGAAAAACAUUGCAAUCCUUGACCUUGAGCUUAGUUUAGUCU